AUGUCCGGCUCCAGGAGACCGAAUGCCGGGCUGCUAAAGCGGACAUCGUCACUGAAAAUCGGGCGCUACACCGGCCCGGACAAGCGGGAACACCUCCAUGAGCUGACCGAGCAGAUCGGGACUCACCCCAACCACCUGCUGCUGCUGUACGAGAUGACGCUCAGCAUCAAAAUAGCCACUAACGCUGAUGGCUUCAACGCGUAUGGGAUAGACGACAACGGAGAGGAGAUUUUCCUGAUCAUUCCAGACGCGCUGGAGCCGGAAGAGAGUGACGAGGAGGUGUCGGCGCCAUCAUGGCCGGUGUGUGAGGGGACAACUGUAGCCGCCUUCGUCGCCGCCACGUCUCAACCGGUCAAGACAACACAUGUUCUUGGGCACGACCAGUACCCAGAAGGCCUGGGGGCCAACUGUGCUGCAGCCAGCUCCAUCCUCUGCCUGCCCAUCCUGAGGUCCAACGGAACCCUGGGGGGUAUUGCCGAGCUGUACAGGACCAUAGGGAGCCAUGCUUUCAGUGACGAAGAAGAAGAAACAGCCAACACCAUCCUGUUGUGGGGAGGGCUGGCCCUGCAUAACGCGGAGAUGGUCGAUAUGAUGAUGAAACAGAAACAGCUGAAUGACUUCUUGUUGUCGGUCACAAGGUCCAUCUUCCAGGACAUCGUCAGUAUGGACACCGUCAUCAUGAAGAUUAUGAACCACGCCCAGAAGCUGGUGACUGCUGAUCGCGCCUCGCUUUUCCUUGUUGACAGCAAAACCAACGAGUUGUACGCCCGGAUCUUUGACGUUGGGAGUGAUGUGAGCCUGGACGAACCCGAGGGAGAAAAAGUAGAAAGGAAGGAAAUAAGUAGGAGGGCGUCCUACACUGUGGAGGAGUUUGGACGAGAUUUAUCACACAUGAACAGGAAUGACAUCAGGUUUCCAAUGGACAGGGGCAUCGGCGGCCAUGUAGCCACGACCGGAGAGACUCUCAACAUCAAAGACGCGUAUCAGGACGGUCGCUUUAACAGGGACGUGGACUUACAGACUGGCUACCACACAAAGACCAUUCUGUGUAUGCCUAUCUACAACAGGGGAAGCGUUAUUGGUGUGGUACAGAUGGUGAACAAACUAGCCGGGCCCUUCUCAACAGCAGAUGAGGAGGCGUUUGAGAAGUUUGCUGUAUACUGUGGGCUUGCUCUGCAUCAUGCAAAGCUGUAUGACAAGAUCAGGCGUUCAGAGCAGAAGUACAAGGUAGCGCUGGACGUGUUGUCUUACCACAGCACCUGCUCAGAGUGCGAAUUCCAGCUGCUGAAACAGGCACUGGACAACGCGGAGCAGCUGCCUGAUGUGGAGGAAGUGGAGCUGGCCAGAUUUGAGUACUCUCCCUGGAGCAUCCCAGAUGACGUGAAGCCACUCUACGUCAUUCUGAUGUUCAAGGAUCUAUUUUGUAUGAGCAAAUUUGACAUGGAGCAGCUGAUCCGGUUUACGAUGACCGUGAGGAAGAACUACCGGCCGGUUCCGUACCACAACUGGUCCCACGCCUUCUCGGUGGCGCACUGUGCGUACACAGUCAUCAAAAUCUCACAGGAUGUCUUCACUGGUUUGGAGUGUCUGGCCCUGUUCGUGGCGUGUCUGUGUCACGACCUGGACCAUCGCGGUAAGAGUAACAUGUUCAUGGUGAAGAGUUCGUCCCCGCUGGCGGCGGUCUACUCCACCUCCACCAUGGAACAUCACCACUUCAACCAGACCAUCACCAUCCUGCAGCACGAGGGACACAACAUCUUCAAGCACCUUAGCUCGGAGGAGUACAAACAGGUGUUGGGAUACAUCAAACACGCCAUCCUGGCCACUGACCUCGCGCUGUACUUCGGCAACAGCGACAGGCUGCGGGAGGUAGUGGCCAAGGAGGAGUUCUCCUGGGAAAACGAGGAUCACAGGGAGCUAGUUCGUGCCGUUACCAUGACAGCAUGCGACCUGUCAGCUAUCGUCAAACCAUGGGAGAUACAACAGGAGACAGUCAAGGUCAUAUUCGAAGAAUUCUACAACCAGGGAGACGAGGAGAGGGCCCGCGGGCAGGAGCCGGCUCCGAUGAUGGACCGGCGCCGGGCACACGAGCUGCCCGCUAACCAGGUUGGCUUCAUCUCGGGCAUCUGUUUACCCUGCUACAGGAUCCUGGCGAAGGUCAUCCCGGGGUGCGAACCGAUGGUGGAAGGCACCUUGAAAAAUCUGGAGCAGUGGAAAAAAUUGGCUAACAUACAGAAAGCGAAAGAGGAGAGAGAAAAAUCGUUAUCAGGAGAGACACCAGACGAGCCCGACAAGCAAGUGGUGCCAGAAGAAAGAAAAGGCCUCGAGGACGAAGAGCAAAUCGACCGGAGUCCUACCAAGGAGCGAGUUUUACCGAGAGUGACGAGUCACAACCGUGGGCGGUCCAGCAGCUUGGGGGACAGCAUAGACGCUACCAUUGAGGAGGGCGAUGAAGGCGGUGCAGACUAGAGAAAUGUGGACUGAUCAUGAGGAAAAUACGUGUAGCCAGGUCGUCAACACCUGAGGCACGGCAGCUUCCAAACAUGGUGGUGCAUCCAGAACCGAGGUCGCGAGGUUAAUUCUCCUUUUCACAAAACAAACCAUGACUUAACGGUCACAGUGCAGUCCUGUACUGUACAUCAGUAACGCAAUCUUGACAUUCGAGACAUGUGAGCAUGCCUAGAAAGGCAUGCUUGCCGGGUUGGUGCUUUUUCUCAAAGUUACCUAAGAUAUGUGAUAUGGCUGUAUUUGUUGUUCAACUGUGAUGUCAAAUUGACAGCUGUAAUUAUGGCCAUGUCCUGUGGUAUGAACAACAUUCCAAUUUCUACAUUCCCUUACAUGUAGGUUCCAUGUAUAUAGUUCUAUAAAUCAUCUAUGAAAUGCUUCUCAUUUCUCAGAUUUCCUAGCUGCCAUGCUGGUGUUACCGCCAAGUUACCUGUAUCAUUAAAUUUGCUUCAAGUCACUGUGAAAUGCACUCAUGCUCAUUGUACAGAAUAUCAGAAAUCAUGUUAUUUUCUACCCCUAAACUACUUAUGAUGUAAAUUGUUGUUACGAAGUGCAUUUUCACUUAUUUGAGACUGUAAAUACUUAACGUGGGUUAGCAGUGUUUUACAUACUGUAUUGAUCUGCAGAAUACUUAAAAUGUUGCCUACAUAGAACAACCAGAAAACACAUUACCUUUAAAGAUAAAUCAGUCUAGCUAAUCAAUACUGGCACGGAUACCGAGAGUAAUUGUGUUGUGGCUAAUGUGCUUCUCAUGCUUGUGUUAACAGUGCAGUGGUUUUGUACAGUCUGUGGAUGGUUGUGAAUAUUCUGUACAUAGUGCUAGAUGUUCAGUAUGGUUAUUGUUUACAACAAAGGCUGGAAUUGAUAGCGCUGGUAAUCAAGGGAACAAAACAACUACUGUAAUCUUGUCCUAGUGAAUUUUUUGUCCCUCACCCGCUCACAGCCCAUUUUACAAUGUCCUUCGUGAUGUGUAUCUAUCACCCUAUCAAUAUGUUUGUCUUUACAACUUGAGUUGUAGAAUGUACUGCUGCAUUGAAUCCAAUGUACACCUUUUUAAUGUAUGGGCUCUGGCUUGGUACUUUCUUAUGCAUAUAAGUACAUGUACCAAGAUAUAACUUGUACUGUUGUAGUGCUCCAUGAUGGGUGUAUAACAGUUGGAAUUGUCCUUUGUUCAUGGCCUCCCUGUAUCAUGAUAUAUUGAAUUAAAGUACAGAUGAACUUCAUGAAUGCAGCUUAUCUUUCAAGUGAAGACCACAACGCUAUCCUCUUAUUCACACCAUUUGUUAUGUUCCUCUUACAUCAAAUGUUACAUUAACAUAGAAAUACAUCAAACUUCAAUGGCAAAUAAAAGGGCCACUUCACAUCAAUGGAAAAGCACAACACAUCUUUAUUUCUUAUGCUUAUAAAAUAUCAAAUCUGUCAACCACUUGUUUACAGGUCAGCAUGGUUCAAGGUCACAGUUGAAAUGGGGUUAUGGUUCAACAGUCAAACAACAAGAGCCCACAGCAUUCUGGGAGCCUGCAUGCAACCUUGGUAACAAGCACAUCACAAACCACACAAUCAAAUGAGUUUGGACAAUUCUGUCUCCAUGGCAACAAAGUUUCUGUUCCCAAGGCAACACCACAAAUUGAUCUAUCACGAUCAACUAGAAUUCCUAUCACUAGGAGCAAAUUGAAGUGGCCAUGAACAAUGUUCAUGAAUGAAAUGGCACACAUACUCAUUCAUAUUUUCCAACCUACUAACAUUACAACAAGUUUUGGAUGACUUUGCUCCAGCAAAAAUUACAACAAUUUAAAUUCGUAUCUCAAGGACAAAAUUUGGUUGCAUCUUUUAAGGACAAAAUUUGGAUGCAUCAUUGUUUUCAAUGGACUGUACAGAAUUUACCCCACAUGUUUUUGUUAAAGACUGCUUGCUUGAUUUCACUGAACCAAACAUCUGUUUGCCUUGGUAGUUGUUGCUUUUGGGCCAUGAUUCUGUUUGGUGCUAAAUCACAGUCUGCAGCUGAGCUCCUGAUGAUGGCAAGCUUUGACACAAUGUUCCUACAAAAUCCAGUUUAUCCUCUUAUCUUAACUAGUUAUAGAUGCAAUCACACACUUCACUGUUGAAUAUCAACAUCCAAUACUGAGGUAAAUGCCAUAUAUGGUAAUCACUCACUUUCCUAAUUUGGCUUGCAUGACCAUAUAUGGAGAUGUCAUGAGAAGGCGGAGUCAACUACCUACUAAUCACAGCAGAGCUCUCUGCUACACAAUUCACAUCAGCUUUCAUACAUAACCAAUAGCAUACGAUCUUUCAAAGUCUGAAACUGUACAAAAUAGUCUAUCUAUCUUAGCUAUUUUUCGGCACUAGAAAACUAAGUACAUUACAUGGACAUACAUUACAAACAAUGGCUGAAACUAGUCACAGCUACACACAACACUUCAAUAAAAAUAUAUAAAUUUCGCAUAAUUAGCUUUUGCCGUUCAUAACACAAUUGACUUCCCAAACAGACAGUGUUCCCAUGUCACCAAGUCAAUAUAUUUUUUUGUUAAGCACUGGAGGAGUUUUUCAAAUCAACAUUCCUACCUCUAGUGGUCCUCUCAUAAUAAUGAGGAAACACUACUUACCCUAGUUCAUCCAUUACUGGCUAGCAGUGACAUGCCCAAAAAGCAGCAAUUUUUACAAGCAGAGAUACAACUCUACUGGAUUUUAGGCUACCUGAAACUAGUUCCUAUUCUUACAAGCAGAGACACAAAUUCACUGGAUUUUACGGUAUCUGAAACUAGUUCCUAUAGCUUUAAUUCCUAUACAGCCAUCAAUACUCAAGGGUAAUUUUGGUCGCAGCUUGGGCAUUAAGCCCAGACAAACUUUAUAUAAGUACAGGCAGGGAUGAAUGCUAUCCUUUUGCCAACAUUUUGUGUCAGUUGAAAUAUCUGUUGAGAAAUAAAGUGGGGCAUAAUAUAUGUCACUCACCCAUAUUACUGACUGACUAAAUGUAUUUGAUGGUCCUGAAACACUAUCAUAGUAUCACUAGAUACUAUGUAAUUGGGGCAGUAAAUGUUUUGAA